AUCUGUUCUCUGUUCAAAUAUGGUCUUCAUUGAAUAAAUUUACGAUAAAUUCCUAUAAAUUUAUAAAAAAAUGAAAAGACAAUGAGCUAUUGAUUAGAUAUGUCAACUGGCUUUUCGUGACUUGGUGUGAAAAAUAAGAAAGAUCACAUGAAGAUGUAUUCUCAAGACGAAAAAGGAGCUGUUGUUAAAGCAGAAAAAGAAAAAAUGUGUCGAAUUUGCUACGGAGCAGAAUCAGUUUGUGACAAACUAAUAUCACCAUGUUUAUGCAGAGGUUCAAUGAUGUAUUCACAUGAAAAGUGUUUAUUGCAAUGGGUAUCUUUAAAAGGAUCAAAAUAUUGUGAACUUUGUCUUUAUAAAAUGGAAAUACACAGUCAAGGAAUGAAACCAUUUUGGAAAUGGCAGAAACCCAAAUCAUGUGAUGCAGUGACGACAUUAUCACUUUUCUACACAACAAUAAUGUUUAUAUUUGUUGCCAUAGUGAUAUGGAUAGCAAGCAAAAGAUGUGCUUCUGAAUUGUGUAUUUCGCUGUACUGUCUGUGUUUUGUGGCAAUAGCCUAUUUUUGUUAUUGUUGUGGCUAUUUGAACUGCAUGAAACCUUACUGUAAAUCCUUCUGGGAUUUAAAUAGACGUUGGGCAGUGGUCAGUCGAAGAACGUCUUUCCAAAUUGAUUCUCGAUUGGAAACAUACGUCUAAAAAUUUACUCAAGUAAUACAUGCAAAAACACUUUUAUAACUUCAUUUCUACUUAACACUACGAAGAUGAAACAUCUUUUGUGUAGCAAAAGUCGUAUGAAAAACUGAAGAUAAAAGAAAGACUUAUUUCUGCUAAAUAAUAAUAUACUGCAUGUAAUACAGAGUAUGUUAAUCAUUUAAAAUUGUUGUGUGUUGUCAAAGUCUGUGCAAUCUUUACAUUACGAUUAUUUUUGAAAGUAGCAAAAAAAUUUUUUCAGGUAUCGC